UAACACACAUACACACACACAUUAAAACACAUUCAAGUUAUCAAAUAGUUAUAAUAUGGCUGAUGGUUGCAGCCACGUAUUGCAAACGGAUGUGGAUGUGGAUUUGGAUGCGGAGCUGUGCGCCUUUUGUCUGGAUCGUCUGCACAAUCCGGUGCAGCUGCGUUGCAAGCAUUCCUUCUGCCGCAGCUGCUUGCAGCUCUACAGCGAGGCACGCGAUUGGUCCGCGAAGCGCUGCCCCUUGUGCCGUCGCUGCCUGACGCUGGACGAGCUGCGCUGCCGGCGUGUGGCAAGUGCUUGGCGCUUGACGAUCUUGCUGAGCAUCGCUUUGCUUACGUUUAGCCUGGGGCCAUUUGGGCUGCUGCUUGUCUAUUGGUAAAUUGCUGGAAUUAACGCCUCAGCUGCAGCGAGUGCUGGCACUUUUAAUUGCAUUGUUGCGCAUACGCCGCGUGUGCCGGCGCCGCCCAUGCGCUGCAUUUUAAUGCAAUUUUACGCCCGAAUAAAUCCAUCAAAAUGCCCGCAACGCAGCUGCGCUGCUGCCAAAACAAAUCUACAACAAAAUUUGCACAAAUCUAUUUAUCUAU